UUAAAGUUGGUUCCAUGCAGAGAAAAAGAAGGUGUAAGAAGAUUGCUGCAGCAGAGGAGGCAACAUGAAACUAUAAUCACAUCACACACAUAGCCAUGAAACUAUAAUCAGAUCACACACAUACCCAGUCUACAUUACCAGAAACAUAAUCAUUACUACUUGUAUUAUUUUCACUAUUCAACAGAGAAGUCUAAAACUCCAGCUUUGUAAUUCAGCACACUGUGUUCCCAUGAUGUCAUACCUGUGGAUUCUCCUGCUGGGCAGUUUGGUGAUUGGAGCCAAGACACAGGAAGACCCUGCUACUGAGCCAGAAGCGAAGGAACCAGAGGCAGAAGCAGCAGAGCCCGAGGCCCCUGCAGAAGAAGUAGCUGCCGAGGAGGCCCUGGUAGCUGAGGAGGCUCCGGCAGAAGAAGAAGCUCCGGCAGAAGAAGAGGAGGAGGCUACAGAGGAGGAGGAAGUUCCAGCCACAGAGGAAGAGGAGGCUCCGGCCACAGAGGAUGCUCUGGCAGAAGAAGACGCUCUUGCAGAAGAGGCUCCAGCCACAGAGGAAGAGGAGGCUCCAGCCACAGAGGAAGAGGAGGCUCCAGCCACAGAGGAAGAGGAGGCUCCGGCCACAGAGGAAGAGGACGCAGAAGUCGUAGACGAACCAGCAGUAAAAGCAGAGGCAGCCCCUGAAGCUGAGGCUGAACCAGAUGAACUAGAUCUGUCUGAAGCUGUUGAACCAGAGGCGGAGCCUGAAACACCAGCAGAGAGUGAGCCCACGGAGGAGAAGACAGGGGGAGAUUUGGAUCUGGAGGACGCUAUAGCUGAGAAUGAGGAAGACACACCCGCGGGAGGGAAGAGGCGCAGCGGGGGCUCAGUUGCCCAUGCAGCAGAAGCAGAAGGCACAGCUGAAACUCAAGGGUCUAGCUCUGGCUCGGUGGUGGGCAUUCUGUGUGCUAUCGGCAUGGCGAUCAUUGGAGCUGCGACCGGAUACUUCACCUAUCACAAGAAGAAGCUCUGUUUCAAGAACAGUGGAGGGGAUGUAGAGAGUGCCCGUAAGGAGGAGGCUGAGACCCAGUCGAAUCCCCAGGUUCUCAGCAACUUGCUGACUAAAUCCUCCUAGAUCGUCUGAGAUUCCAAUGGAGAAGAACCAGAACCAGCAGUUUACUAUAACACACACGCACACACUCAUACACAGAUCCAUCCCAAUCUUUAGGCCUUAAACUGAUUAUAGUUGUAAAACUGUGAGAUAGUGGUUUGGAGGUUAUUAACUUUCAGCACCACGUUAGAGUGAGACCAAUCAGUAGUAUCUCAGUGUCUUCUAAAGAUCACAUUUGUAAUCCGUUAAAAAAGGGGUGAUAUUUUCCAUCCACUUAACAGCACCGAGACAAUGUAGGCCUUUUUCUCUGUAUACAAGUACUGGGAAGUUCACCUGGGUUCCUGUCAUUUUAGCUAACAUUCCACUCCUUGCCACUCCUGUCAUUUGCCAAAGAGACUGGCUUAUCGACGUUCCUAAAGUUCAAAAUGCAAACCGGAUUUACAAUUACAUUGUGAUUGGAGGACAACUGUGACGGUUAUCGAAUCAGGAUCAAAUCCUCUGAUCUUCUCAAGCUCAUAAUGAUAGAAUGUUCAUAUUGGAAGAUUGGCGAAAUACAAUGAAUACAAGGAGUGGCAUGUAAUUGGCUGAACAGCAACCAGGCUACAGUUCCCAGAUUAUUUAGGAUAAAAUGGACCCUCCAUUAUUUGAAAUGUUACCGUUGUUUGGUUCUUUACAAUGAUUGAGGGUUUGAUUUAAACCGUAUUGCUGAAGAUCCAUGAUAUAAUGCUGAUCUUCAGUGCUACAGAUUGAAUCAAGCCCUUACUGUGUGUGCUGUAGCCAACUCUUCUAGCCUGGUUUCAUACUGUAGCCAACUCUUCUAGCCUGGUUUCAUACUGUAGCCAACUCUUACAUUUUAGUCCGUUAGCAGAUGCUCUUACCUAGGGUAACUUACAGGAGCAAUUAGGGUUAUGUGCCGUGCUCAAAGACACAUUGAGAGACUAUUCAUCUAGUCAGCUCACCUAGUCAGGGAUUUGAACCAGAGACCAAUCAGUUACUGGCCCAAUGCUCCUAACCGCUAGGCUACCUGCCACCUCUGGCUACUAUUCUUCUAGUCUGGUUUCAUACUGUAUGUGCUGUAGUCAACUCUUCUAGCCUUCUCCCAUAAUUAAUGUAGCCAACUUUUCUAUCAUUGUCAAGCCAUACAUGUUUUGUGUGACAAUGAAGGAACUCAGAGAGGAGUUGGCCAAAGCACCAAAAGACUGGAACACCAGGCUAGUAGUGUUGUUCUGUGAAAGCUGGUUAGAGGAAGCUAUGUGAGAGCUGGUACAAGGACCGAAGAUAUCACCCCUGUUGUGUUUGCUGGGUAUUUGAGGGGCUUGGGGACCUUGUCUAAAAUGCAACAACGUAUGAGAACAUUUAGCUCUAUUGAAAUGUUCAAAUAGUAUGUGUUACAAUAUAAUGCUGUACUGCUCUGUAAGUGCCUUACAUUAGAUGUUUCACCUGGGAAGCCUUUUUAUGAUUCUAUCUCACUACUAAGGCCAGUCUGAAAUGGCUCCCUAUUCUCUCUAUAAUGGAAUACUUUUGAAGCCCUGCUAUAAAGGGAUAGGGAGCCAUUUCAGACACAGCUCUAGACUCACGGGUCUCCAACUGCCCACCCAGCAGCUUUCCAGGACCAGAGUUGGAGAACCCAGUGCCUGCUUAACGCCACAGGGUUCACCCAAAGAGUACUGUGCUGGCCAGCAUAUUUUCUUUUCACAUGAUUCUUUCCAACAUGGGUCCAGCAACUAUGGGAGAUGUGUAAUUGGGCAAGCCCAGUACAGCUUGGUUUGGCGUAGUAGUGUGGAAAGGGUAUACGACUGUAUGCAGUAUAACCCUGGGCAGGAGUCAGCCUGGGAGGAGCUCACCACUGAACACACAGUAAGAAUGUUCCAGUUCACAGUGAAAGACUGUGAGACUCUUGGAGAAGCAAUUUCCGAUUAGCCUGGUCUCAUGAUCUGUGUGUGCUUUAGCCAACUAACUCCUCUGAAUAUCAUUGUCUUGACAAUACUUCUUUUGGAGAAUAACUUUCCUCUCCAAAAGAGUUUGAUGGUAAGUGUAAUGAUGAUACGGUGGUACACAGAGUACUCCACUCUUAUAUUUAAUGAAUCUGUCUUUGUUAUCGUGUGUUUGAGAAUUGUGUGAUUUUAAUCCUUUAGCACAUAUUUCUUUUUUGAAUUGUGUAAAUAAUGCUGGAGAUAGAAAUAAAGAAGCUGUCCAGGGGGAA